AUGGGUGAUAUUUAGUCAUUAAAAGUAGCCUUUAUUGAAUUCAUAGAAAAAUUACUGCCGUCGAUCUCAGAUCCAAUGUCAAUCACUUAAUAAAAAUGCUAAUUGCUCAUUAAACUUCUUAAAGAUCAAGGUAAGACAAUUUCGGAUGUUUGUUUAUAUAUUUAAAAUCUCAAGAUAGUACAUUUGAAACCUUCUAAUCAGAAUGUUUAGGAUGAGGACAAAGUGAAAUCUCCAACCAAAAUUAAAUAACUCGAUCAUGAGCUUUUCUAACCCGAAUCCUAUUUUAAGCUAAGUAAGAAAUUCUUCUAUAAAAAACUAGAUCUUCCAAAUAAGGAUUUAAUAAUAAAGAAAUCCAGUCUCAAGAAUAUUGAAUUAAGAGAAAAAAAUAAUAAUGCUGAACAAAAUGAAAGACAAGCAGAAGACAGCUCGACACCUCUUAAAUUUGGGAUUGAUAAAUUGAAAAAAACGCCAAAAAUGACUUCGACCUUUAAUAUGUUCUUCCAAUAAGUCAAAGGGUUUUCAAUAGUUUCCAAAGAAUAUAUUAUUGAUAAUUUACAACAAUCAAUGAAAGAAUUCACGAGACACACUAAGAUUAUGGGAUGCAUAGAACAAAGGACCUUUGAGGUCAAUAGUGGCGAAAUCUCUGAAGUUGAUAAAAAGCUACAUCAUCAAAACUACAAUUUUACAAGUUACUCUAAAUAAGUUGAAAGAUAAAAAUCUUUUAAAAAAAUGAGCAUAUUUGAACAAAAAAAAGUCCCAGAAUCAAGUGUUCAAAAUUAAAACAAUCAAUAAUUAUAACCUUCAUAAUAAAUACCAUCAAUUCCUAAUGGAUCCUCUAAUUAAAAAGAGUAAGAUUCUACGAAUAUUGAAUCUCAUUCAGGAUAGGUUGCUCGCACAUAUUUACCUUCUAAACCAUCACUAUAUUCCUAUCGGGCUUAAUAACGAAGGGCUGAAUAACAAGGGUCUUAAAAUUAGAGAAAUAUUUCUCAAUAAGAAUCAAAUAACGAAUAAUCUAGCAAUACAAAUUAAUAAAAUAAUGUAUUAGAAAAUUAAUAACACGAUACCAAACCCAAAGAUGUCCAACUCUCAUUAGAAUAAUCAUAAAAUUAAACCUCAGAAAUUAUCCAAAUAGGCACUUUUCCAUCUCCCAAAUAGUCAUCCAACUAAAAAUCUGAUUAUGACACAGGUUCAAUAGAUACUCAAAUAAAAUCUCUACCAGUUUCACCCAUGCUGACCAACACUAAGUUCACUAUUGAAUCUACUUAAUCUUAAAACCAUUCUCGAGAAUAGUCAAUAAAUGAAGAAGUUAAAGUUGAUCAAAAGUAUGAAGUUUCUUAAAGAAACACUUACACCAGAUUUAAUUACACUCAAUAAAGAUUAUAAUUAAUCAGAGGAAAUUUGAUUUAAAAUAAUUAUAGAGGGUCAAUUAAUAAUAAUGGGGAGGAUAAACCUACAGACAUUAAGAUAGAUAUGAAAUAAUUGGAUUAAAAUUUUUGA